CGAGACACGAUUAGGUGGAAAUGGAAACUCUCGUGGGGGAAAACAGGACAACCCGUGUAACAUCGCUUCCUAACCUGCGAAAUUUCAACGCUCGACUCGUUCUUAGUCCAGGAUUAUACGUCGCACGGUGUGUACGUAAAAAAAUAACGCAAAAUGCCGCUCGCCAAGGAUUUCCUACACCCGCUUCCGGCCGAGGAGAAGCGUAAGCACAAGCUAAAGCGCCUGGUACCUCAUCCGAACUCGUACUUCAUGGAUGUCAAGUGUCCCGGAUGCUACAAGAUUACGACCGUGUUCAGUCAUGCCCAGAGUGUUGUGGUUUGCACCGGCUGCUCCACGAUCCUGUGUCAGCCCACGGGCGGAAAAGCCCGACUGACGGAAGGCUGCUCGUUCCGCAAGAAGCCCUAUUAAAACAAUAUUACUAAGUUAAAUAAGUUGGCUUUCUGCAUUUAAUAAACGCUGCAGUAAUUUCAA